AUGUUUCUGUCGAAGCAAAAACGGCCAUCCCGGACAGCCCUGGUCUUCGCAACCUCAGAUGAGCUGCUGGAGUACAUAACUCAACGCUGGCGAGAACGAUGGGUGACGACGGACGUGAUGAGCAAGGAGACUCUCGACGCAUACAGCCGACGGCCCUUCUUCCUCCUGAUCAGCGUUGAUGCACCGCUUCUGGUCCGGUGGCAGCGCUAUCAGAAGAGGAGACAAGAGCCAUCAACCACGGAAGCGCCCGCCGAGCCCACGGCAAGGCCACCGGACAGCCAGCAAGCCCACUCGGCCGAGAGCCUCGAGGACUUCGUGACCCUCUCGGACGCACAACUCUACCACCCGGAGACGGGGCAGGCGACGCACAUCUCGAGCGCGCCGGUGCGGCUGCUCAACACGUCGAGCUCGCUGGCGCACCUGUACGUGAACCUGGGCAAGCUGGACCUGCUGAGCACGGAGCGGCUGCGGCCGGGGUGGGACAACUACUUCAUGACGCUGGCGUCGCUGGCGGCGCGGCGGUCCAACUGCAUGAAGCGGCGCGUGGGGUGCGUGGUCGUGUCGCACAACCGCCGCGUCAUCUCGACCGGCUACAACGGGACCCCGCGCGGGAUCCGCAACUGCGGCGAGGGCGGCUGCCCCCGCUGCAACCAGGGGCUGGGCAGCGGCCACGGCCUGGCGACGUGCCUGUGCAUCCACGCCGAGGAGAACGCGCUGCUCGAGGCCGGCCGCGACCGCCUGCGCGAGGGCGCCGUGCUGUACUGCGACACGUGCCCCUGCCUCACCUGCAGCAUCAAGAUCGCCCAGGUCGGGAUCUCCGAGGUUGUCUACGCGUAUGGGUACAGCAUGGACACGGAUACGGCAGCGGUGUUCAGGGAGGCCGGGGUUAAGUUGAGGCAAUUUGUGCCGCCUGCGAAUGGUCUGAUCCACCUCGAGAAGAUGGAGUUUCGUACAUGA